ACAUUAAUACCUUAUCAAUUGAGUCCUAGAAUGGAAACAAAUAAAACUUUGACUACUAAUAAUUGAAAAUCAGUGCAGUCAACGCGGUCUUGAAAUUAUAAAUAGAGACUUUUCAUCGGAAGUCAUUCAUAAACAUAAAAAGGACAAGAAAAAUUAAAGUAGAAAUAUGGAAAAAGUAAUUAGCAUGGCGUUGAUAAUGAUGAUACUAGGAGUAAUGGUGAUAGAAGGCGAAACAAAAUCAGAGAUAAAAUGUAGUGGGAUUUGUCGAGACUAUUGUAAACGUUCAUCGCCGGCAUCAGAAUGCGCAGCUUGUCGUACAAAAUGUUACCAAUCUCCACCGGUUGCAAUGAGAGCGAAAAUCCACUUCAUAUAAUUGAAAAAAGAAAAACAUCAAUGAAAUCUUAUUUGCU